CGAAAUUUUGUUUGUUUAUUUGUGAGUGUUUUUCAUACAAAAUGGGUGAUAAAAAAGGAAAGAUGCCGGCCUGGGUGAAUUUUGUGAUCGGCGGAUCGAGCGGCAUGCUGGCGAUCUGCGUGGUGCAGCCGGCGGACCUGAUGAAGACGAGGAUGCAGCUGCUGGGCCCGGAGCGGAAGUCGCUGGUGGCGGUUGCCGGUGACAUCCUACGGACGGAGGGCGCGGGGGGCUUCUACAAGGGGCUGACCGCGGCGCUGUUCCGACAGGCCACGUAUACCACGGGCAGAAUGGGCUGCUUUAACAGCGUGUCGGAUUAUUAUAAGACCAACUACGGCACCCCAAGUUUCGCCACGAAGGUCGGCAUCGGCGUGGUGUCGGGCGCGGUGGGCGCGUACGUCGGCACGCCCGCCGAGGUCGCGCUCAUAAGGAUGACGGCCGACGGGCGUCUCCCGCCGGAGAAGAGGAGGAACUAUAGGAAUGUGUUUAAUGCUCUCGCCAGAAUUGUGCGCGAAGAAGGACUAUUCACGCUGUGGCGCGGCGCGGGAGCUACCGUCACCCGAGCUAUGGUCGUCAACGGCUCGCAGCUUGCUGUAUAUGCUCAGGCCCGCGAGAUGCUGCUGACGCAUAUGGGCGAAGGCAUCUCGCUACACUUCGUGUCCUCCAUGAUCUCCGGCCUGGCCACCUCUCUCGCUUCCCUGCCUGUCGACAUCGUCAAGACCAGAGUCCAAAACGCGGAGAAGGGCACCAGUCAACUGAAGGUCCUCACGAACGUGAUACGAAACGAGGGAGUUUUGACCCUAUGGAGUGGUUUCAUCCCCACUUACUGCAAAAUUGGCCCCCACACCGUAUUGACUUUUAUAUUCCUAGAACAGCUGAACAAACUAUACUAUACUUAUGUACAGAAUGAAUAAGGAAGAAAUGAACUGUACAGUUCAGCUUGAACAAAACAUGUAGGAAAUUGAGGCCGAUCAAAAAUGAAUGAAGGAGAAAAAACUUUUUGGUGCCAGCACAGAUAAUACUAAAAGUUAAAAUAGAAUUCUGCAGAGGCUAGUGGAACUACGCCUAAACGCCUAAACGGUAAACACACAUAAACUGCGGCUCUUGUAAGGUGUGUUUUUUCUGUAUGUAGGCCGUAGGGACUUUAAUUUUUUUGUCUGAAGAUGCCAGGUUUUUUCCGAAAAGUUGUGUAAAUAACUUAACCUAGCGUGCUAUAUUUAUAAUACUUAAAGUAUGUCAAAGGGUUGAAAAUGGUCAUAUAAUAUAAGGGUUUGAGAGUUCAGUCUCCCAAAAGAAAAGAUCUGACUUGGCGAUUCCCAUCCAUCCUAUAAAAAUAAUAUUGUUAGAUUUGAGUGUUCAUACUCUCUCAACCGAUCGGAGUG